AUGGACCCACCUGAGAACAUGGCAGGGGCUGGCAAGGUCAUCGGUGUUGUCAUGACGAAGGGGAAGGCAAUCCAAGUUGGAGCACACAGGGUGUCGUGCCAGAUGAGGCAUGCCCAUGAUAUCCCAAGGUAUGCUUUCUUCACUUUCAAUUUGGAAUUCUAUUCUCAGCUCCAAUCACCAUAUGGUGCCAUGGACAUUGGGCAUUUCAUCCCCAAGCGGAAGGACGAUGGAACCUACUACCAUCCAUGGUACGACCGCAAAUUCUUUUAUGGGAACACAAAGGCCAAUAAGGGAAGUUCUUCACAACCGGGCCCAAACUGCUAUCUGUGCUAUGAAACCCUCAACAAGGACCUCAAGCAAGCAUACGGAAAAGCCGUACCUCCAAUUACAGGACAUCAGACGACCUAUCUACGGAGAGGGGUUGGUGCGAGCGAAGCUGAACAGGCUGGAGCACAGGUUUGCCAUAUUGCAAUACAAGGGGGGUGGAAGUUCCAAGGUGUACUCUUCCAGCACUACCGCACCCAUGUCCCAUUGAAGUUCAUCUCUUGGAUGGCAGGAUACCUGCCCACUCCAGAAUCUUGUCCUGAAGAGGGAACCUACUUUGUGGCUAGGGGUCUACUCCAGCCACCACAAGUUUUGGUGGACGAGAUCUAUCCCUUCGUGAAGAAACUCAGGGAGCAUAGGGAGAAAAACCAAGCCUUCUGGAACAAGAUUGAAGAGCAAGACACAACACUGGCUGGUUUCUUGGACUUACUCGAUGUUUCGGCUGUCUACUUCAUCCAAGACCUGGCGGUUAUGCAACCUAAGAUGAAGGAUCAUCCUGUCUACUUCACUAAACCGUUCUUGAUGCAAGAGUUUUGCGACUUCAGGGAGGAGCUUGCAAGGAAGAUGAAGGCACACGAAGAGGAAAGCAAGCGCCAAAAGGUACAGUCCUCCCAAUCAUGGAUGAAUCCACAGGGAAUGUCCUACUUAAAGCAAAUCCUUCGAUUGCUGCGCUGUGUUCAUGCAGCUGGAAGCGUGAACGAGGAUGAGGAGGAUCUGAAAUUGUCUGACGAGGAAGCAGCCUUUCUUCUAAAGGAAGUCGUGAAUCCGCAGGGAACAGAUGAUAUGGAGUCUACCGUUCUCAUUGUGGAAAAAGACAACAAUAUACACCCCUCGACUAUUUCACCAAUGCAGCUACUACAGAUGCUCCCACCACCCGAAAGCCAAAGUGUUGACCCAAAGGAUCCCGACACCUGGCCCAAAAACGUUACUCCCAAUUGGGCAUCUGGGGUGCAAAUUACGAACAGUCCCACGCUGAAGAUCUUCACCGACGAGUACUUCGAAGGAUUGGGAAAUGGUCCUGCGCUGAGAGAUCUUGAGGCAUGCUACGGCCCUGCUGCUGCGACCAAGCAGAGAGCGCUCCAACAACAAACAACGAUCAAGAACUGGAGGAGCCAGGAUCCCAAGAAAAAGACCUGGUGCAAACGCAAGGCAAUAUACGCCUUCAUCGAAAAGCAGGGGAGUGCACAAGUGGCAAGGAAGAGUCUCGCCGCUGUGCUUCAAGAAGGGAAAUGGGGCCUCAAAAUCCCCAAUGGAAUGACGGCAUCGGAACCAGGUAGCUCCACAGUCAACAAACUGAUUAAGCUGUUUGCCGAACAUGAACCGGGUGCUAAGGAAAGGUCCCAAAAGGCAGUGAAACGAUCCCAGAAGGCCAAAGAGAACAAAGAGGCAAAGAAGAGAAAGAAAGCGGACGAGAGCGCCGCCGCUGCUGCUGCCGCUGCUGACGAGACUAAUAGAUAG